AUGCUGCGCAUCUCGGGGCGCAGAUGCAAACACAGCGCAAGCGCUGCGAGUACCAAGUGGAAGAGCAGCGAGAGUCCAGGCACACAGUACAGAAAGAUAAGCCUAAAAUGGGACGAAACAAAUAUAUCGCUACAUGUAUUCGACCUAGUUCCAAGAAAUAAAAACAAUGGAGAAAUGCUGGAAAUGAAAAGUAUGAAUAUAAUAAAAGACAUGUCCAAGACAAAUUACGAUUUUGCAGUAUUCGGAAUAGGCUAUGUAGACUAUGAUAAAAUUUUGAAGUCUUUUAACAGAGCUGAAUUGGUUAGGAGAAAAAUGAUUGACUCGAUUCAUACCAAUAUGAAAAAAGUGAAUGGUCAAUACAUUUCGCUCAUCCAACAAUGUCUCCUUUUGAAUGUCCCUCACUUCUGCCUUGGUAGAGAUAGGGUAACCGAAUUGGCUAGUAUCGGCACUGCUAUUUUUAGUAACCCCAAGGAAAUAUUUUCCCUCGUAUACUACUUCCUCAUCAACAGUGAUAAGGCAGUUUCGGCCAGCUCAGACGUACCUCCUCCCCGUGGUGAUGAACACAAAAAAGACGUCAUAGAAUUAAACUUAGAAAAUCAUGCCCCCCAUUUUUACCACGCACUAAUUGUAGAAAAUGCUCUCUACCUAAUUUACAACUUGCAUGCAAUUCUGCUGAAAGUAUUUAGGUCCAAAUUUUAUGUCCCCCCAAAUGAUAGCUUUCAAAAUAGAAGUAGCAAUAAAAAUCAAAUGAAAAAAACAGAGUUAUAUGCAGAGUAUGAAUUAUGUCCAGAAAAGAAAGAGGUCAAAAUUUUAGUCGUUUGUGAUACCAUAUGUGUAGAUUAUUUUUGCAAUUAUGUAAAGAAAAAUUUGCACCUGUGGAAAAAUAUUACUCCCUUUUACCAUGAGAUAUUUGCACUAGAAAAGAAAAACACUUAUAAGUUUUCCCUUUCCUUGUUUUUGUUCAUUUUUGCUCCGGUUGCAUGGACAUUGACGCUGUUGCUAAGGUACUUGUAUCACUUAUGGAUUGAGUACUUCACCAAGGGGAAGGUCAUCACUGUUGGGGGUGAUGCAUUCUUCCAGGAUUCGAAAUUGAUCGAUACUAGCGACGAUAAUCCCGACUUGGAUAAAAACUACCACGAACUGCUCACCUCCCUGCACCAUGACAAGGCCGAGUUUGAGACCGUCAGCUUGCUCGGGGGAUUCUUGCAGUGGUUUAAAAAUAAGAGCCGCAGUUAG